AGAAAAAUUAUCUUUUUGGAAAUAAAAUUCCAUGGCCGCUAUAAGGUCUAGCGGAAGGGCACUCAAAUCGAUUUCCAGCCAUGGGAGGCUGGCUUCUGCGUGGAACUGACGAAGAACCUUGGGAUGGACCGGUUAGUAUCUUUUGCCACGUUAUAGAAUUUGGGCGCCUCUAGUUCGCAGCGCUCGACAGCGCAUUUUGCGAUUACAAUGGGGAAGUCGUGAAGAAAACGGAACCGUUUCGUGUUGGGACCCUGACCUUCCUGUAAGAGAUGAGAGAGGAGGUCAGGAAGGCGGCGCCGCAACUACGACGACGAAUUGGGAAUUCCCUUAUAUAGUUAUAUCAAUACAAAACUACGGUUCCCGUUUUGAUUUUCUUCCUUAAUUCCAUCCGCUGCAGCGAGUUCGACCAAAUCCUUAGAAGGAGUGAAGUUUUCUUCUUGAUUUUUGGAAUCUAGUGCAUUGCUUUGCCGUUAUUGGUUGAGUUCCUUUUGAUCCAAUCCUAUUUGGAAGAACUAGCUCAAGAGUUUGAGCUUAAUGACACGAGGAGCGAGAGAGACAACCCGAGAGCAUGCUGAAAUUAGUGAUGAGAGUAUUGCGACUACUGCUCCCCUGAUAUCAAUCAAGCAGGAAGACGGCCGACCAUCUCGGGUGUCCCCUACAGCUUCGUUUGCCGGUGCGGUGUUCAACCUCUCGACAAACAUCAUAGGAGCUGGGAUCAUGGCUCUGCCGGCCGCCAUGAGAGUCUUAGGGCUCGUCCCUGGAAUCAUCUUGAUCAUAUCUGUUGCCAUCCUCACCGAUGCUUCGAUUGAGAUGCUAAUCCGAUGUAGCCGUGCCGCAAAUAAGUCUACUUAUGGGGGAGUCAUGGGGGAUGCAUUCCGUAAGAUAGGGAGGAGAUUGCUCCAGACUACAGUGGUCCUCAACAAUGUAGGCAUCUUGACCGUAUACAUGAUCAUUAUUGGUGAUGUACUCUCUGGAACAUCUGCUGGUGGUGUCCAUCAUUUUGGCUUAUUGGAAGGAUGGUUUGGAGUACAUUGGUGGAAUUCCCGUGCUUUAGUUCUACUUGUCACUACAGUUGCUAUUUUUGCUCCUUUGACAUGUUUUAAAAGAAUAGAUUCAUUGCGAAUAACAUCUGCUGCAUCAGUUGCUCUUGCUAUAUUUUUUGUUGUUAUUACUGCUGGGAUUGCCAUCUUUAAGUUAGCAGAUGGGACCAUACAGAUGCCAAAAUUGUUUCCACAUCUGACUGAUCUGCCAUCAAUCUUGAGACUUUUGACAGUGGUCCCUGUUAUUGCCACCUCAUAUAUCUGCCAUUACAAUGUUCACAGCAUUGACAAUGAACUUCAUCGCUCUACUCAAAUUCACCGAGUGGUUCGGAUAUCACUAGCCCUAUGCUCUGCUAUCUACAUUACUACAAGCUUCUUUGCCUUCCUUCUCUUUGGAGAAUCCACCCUUGAUGACGUGCUGGCAAAUUUUGAUUCUGAUAUUGGCAUUCCAUAUGGUUCUAUAGUCAAUGAUGCUGUCCGAGUGAGCUACUCUCUGCAUGUCAUGCUUGUAUACCCUGUGAUUUUCUUUUCACUGCGGCUCAACUUGGAUGGCCUUCUCUUCCAUAAUGCUACUCCAUUAGCUUCAGAUAACCGAAGGUUUGCCUCCAUAACUAUCCUCCUCCUUGCAGUCAUAUACUUGGCUGCAAACUUUGUUCCUAGCAUAUGGGAUGCUUUUCAGAUCAUUGGUGCAACAGCUGUAGUGUGCAUUGGGUUCAUUUUUCCAGCCUCCAUUAUUCUCAAGGAUCCUCAUGGCGUAGCAACUAGGGGUGAUAAAGUUCUAGCUAUUUUCAUGAUUGUCGUUGCUUUGGCAUCAAGUUCAGUGGCUAUCUACAGUGAUAUAUUCUUGCGAAAUAGAAAGAACCCAUAGUCUCAAUCUCUUGAUAUAAAGAUUGGUCUAAAAUUGCAUCUGUUUCCAUUAUUGUGCUUGCAUUGAUGUCAGGUUCAGCGGUGGCCAUAAUAGAGCAAUGUAAUUUUGACAAACAUGGCUUCUGGAAAAUGGUGGUUGUAAACUGAUUUAUGUUGCAUUACAAGAUAUUCCUUGUAUGAGGAUGGAUUAUCCUUAUGCUUAAGUAUGGCAUAGAAAUUAUGUUGAUUUACUAAACUAGGUACUUUAUCCAUGUAAUUACCAAGCUCAAACUAAUGUAAUCCCAGUUGGAUUUUA